AUGUUUAGUGCAUAUAAGGUUUCUUCUGCGGAGGUGCGCAUUGGGCCCAUGAGACUGACACAGGAUCCUGUCCAGGUUUUGCUGAUCUUUGCCAAGGAGGAUAGUCAGAGUGAUGGAUUCUGGUGGGCCUGUGACAGAGCCGGUUACAGAUGCAACAUCACCCGGACCCCGGAGUCCGCCCUGGAAUGCUUUCUAGAUAAACAUCACGAAAUUAUUGUGAUCGAUCACAGACAAGCUCGAAACUUUGAUGCAGAAGCUGUGUGCAGGUCGAUCCGGGCCACGAAUCUCUCAGAGCACACGGUGAUCCUCGCGGUGGUUUCACAAGCAUCAGGCGACCAUGAAGAGGCCUCAGUCCUCCCGCUUCUGCACGCAGGCUUCAACAGGAGAUUUAUGGAGAAUAGCAGCAUCCUUGCUUGCUAUAACGAACUGAUUCAAAUAGAGCACGGGGAAGUUCGCUCACAGUUCAAAUUACGGGCCUGUAAUUCAGUGUUUACGGCAUUAGACCACUGUCAUGAAGCCAUAGAAAUAACAAGCGAUGAGCAUGUGAUUCAGUAUGUCAACCCAGCCUUGGAAAGGAUGAUGGGCUACCACAAGGGCGAGCUCCUGGGGAAGGAACUUGCGGAGCUGCCCAAAAGCGAUAAGAACCGGGCAGACCUCCUGGACACCAUCAACACGUGCAUCAGGAAGGGCAAGGAGUGGCAAGGGGUUUACUACGCCAAACGGAAGUCUGGGGACAGCAUCCAACAGCAUGUGAAGAUCACCCCAGUGAUCGGCCAAGGCGGGAAAAUUAGGCAUUUUGUCUCCCUCAAGAAACUGUGUUGUACCACUGACAAUAAUAAGCAGAUCCACAAGAUUCAUCGUGAUUCUGGAGACAAUUCUCAGACAGAGUCUCAUUCAUUCAGAUACAAGAACAGGAGGAGAGAGUCCAUUGAUGUGAAAUCAAUAUCAUCUCGAGGCAGUGAUGCACCAAGCCUACAGAAUCGUCGCUAUCCAUCCAUGGCAAGGAUCCAUUCCAUGACCAUCGAGGCUCCCAUCACAAAGGUUAUAAAUAUAAUCAACGCAGCCCAAGAAAAUAGCCCGGUCACAGUAGCAGAAGCCUUGGACAGAGUUUUAGAAAUUUUACGGACCACAGAACUGUACUCCCCACAGCUGGGUACCAAAGAUGAAGAUCCUCACACCAGUGAUCUCGUCGGAGGCCUUAUGACUGAUGGCUUGAGAAGGUUGUCAGGGAACGAGUAUGUGUUCACUAAGAACGUGCACCAGAGUCACAGUCACCUUGCGAUGCCAAUAACCAUCAACGACGUCCCCCCUUGUAUCGCUCAGUUACUUGAUAAUGAGGAAAGUUGGGAGUUCAACAUCUUUGAGUUGGAGGCUGUUACACAUAAAAGGCCGUUGGUUUACCUGGGCUUAAAGGUCUUUUCCCGGUUCGGAGUAUGUGAGUUUUUACGCUGUUCUGAAACUACUCUUCGGGCCUGGCUCCAAGUGAUUGAAGCCAACUACCACUCCUCCAAUGCUUACCACAACUCCACACACGCCGCGGACGUCCUGCAUGCCACGGCCUUCUUCCUGGGAAAGGAGAGAGUGAAGGGAAGCCUGGAUCAGCUGGAUGAGGUGGCCGCCCUGAUUGCUGCCACAGUCCAUGACGUGGAUCACCCGGGAAGGACCAACUCUUUCCUCUGCAAUGCAGGCAGUGAGCUUGCUGUGCUCUACAAUGACACAGCUGUCCUGGAGAGCCACCACACCGCCCUGGCCUUCCAGCUGACCGUCAAGGACAGCAAGUGCAACAUUUUCAAGAACAUUGACAGGAACCAUUAUCGAACACUGCGCCAGGCUAUUAUUGACAUGGUUUUAGCAACAGAGAUGACAAAACACUUUGAGCAUGUGAACAAGUUUGUGAACAGCAUCAACAAGCCAAUGGCAGCGGAGAUGGAGGGCAGUGAGUGCGAGUGCAGCCCUACUGGGAAGAACUUCCCCGAGAACCAGAUCUUGAUCAAGCGCAUGAUGAUCAAGUGCGCCGACGUGGCCAACCCGUGCCGGCCCCUGGACCUGUGCAUCGAAUGGGCCGGGCGCAUCUCGGAGGAGUACUUCGCGCAGACUGAUGAAGAGAAGAGACAGGGACUGCCUGUGGUGAUGCCAGUGUUUGACCGGAACACCUGCAGCAUCCCCAAGUCACAGAUCUCCUUCAUUGACUACUUCAUAACAGACAUGUUUGACGCCUGGGAUGCCUUUGCACAUCUGCCAGCCCUGAUGCAACAUUUAUCCAAUAACUACAAACACUGGAAGACAUUAGAUGACCUGAAGUGCAAAAGUCUGAGGCUUCCAUCUGACAGCUAA